ACCCUCUCUUUCGUUUAGAGGGUCUGCUACUCGUCAUUCUAAAACCCUACGCAAAAGCCUCCUCCUCCUCCUCCGAGUUCCCGUUUCUUCAUCUCCUCCUCUUCUUCUUCCAUCGAAGCUCGCUUCGAUUCGAUUCGCAACCAUGGCGGCCGUAUCGCGAGGCCUCAUCUCCCGCUUCGCUCAUCUUCUAUCAACCCGGUCCACCACCACUCCUCCACCCUCUCAAUCUCUCCCCCAAUCCACCUUCUAUCUCCUCCGACGAUUCAGCUCCGACGCUGGCGUCACCGGAUCCGACACCACCGAAGCUAAUCCGACUCGGAUCAUCGACGCGAAACCGGGAGAGAUGUCUCCGAGAUCCAAAAGAACAGGGAUCAUCGCCGUCAAGUGCGGGAUGACGGCGCUGUGGGACAAAUGGGGAGCUAGGGUUCCGGUUUCGAUCCUCUGGGUUGACGACAACAUCGUCUCUCAGGUCAAAACCGUUGAGAAAGAAGGCAUCUUUGCGCUACAGGUUGGGUGUGGGCAUAAGAAACCGAAGCAUUUGACGAUGCCUGAGUUGGGUCAUUUCAGAGCUCAGGGCGUGCCGUUGAAGAGGAAGUUGAGGGAGUUUCCUGUGACGGAAGAUGCUCUUCUUCCCGUUGGUACUGAGCUCGGUGUGCGGCAUUUUGUGCCUGGGCAGUAUGUUGAUGUCACUGGGAUCACUCGCGGGAAAGGUUUUCAGGGAGUUAUGAAAAGAUGGAAGUUCAAAGGAGGGCCGGCAUCACAUGGUUGUUCAAAGGCACAUCGAAAAGGUGGUUCCACUGGUCAAAGAGAUGAUCCCGGAAAGGUGUUCAAGGGAAGAAAGAUGCCUGGGAGGAUGGGUGCAGAGCAGAGGACAGUAAAGAACGUUUGGGUUUACAAGAUUGAUCCUGCCAGGAACCUCAUCUGGGUGAGAGGACAAGUUCCUGGAGCAGAAGGAAACUUUGUGUUUAUUAAAGAUGCGUUCUACAAGAAGCCAGACAUCUCAAAGCUUCCAUUUCCAACCUACUUAGCACCAGAAGACGAGGAUCCAUCAGAACUAGAACCGUUGGUCGCAGAUCUAGGAGAAGUCGACCCAUUUAUGUUGGCAGAGUGAUGAAAAACGCCAUGAUGGCCUUUUUCAUUUUUUUUUGUUUUUAAAAACGUUUGUGCAAGACAAGAAGCCGAUGAAACGGAGGAAAGGUUGUAUUUUUUUGUUACUUAGUUGUUUUUGGAUGUAUGAAACUGAAAAACAUGAACAGAAAGGAAUUGAAUCUCUCUCUCAGAUGCUU